CUGGUUUUGUGUUCACUUUUGUUCAGCUGAUUUGUGUUGGAAAAUAGAUUCACAAAUUAGUUAAUUGUUGGUGAUUUUAAAUUUUUCUUCUUAUUCUUAUUGAUUGUUUGACUUGUUCUCUAUUGGAAUAUUGUAUUCACCAUGGAUGUUAUGUAUAAAGUGAAACCCAUUUUCUGCAGUGAAGAGAUUGUCCUUCCUGACAACAUGUAUUAUGUUAAACCGAUUGGUGAUGUUGAACCAUUUGAUUUAAUUAAAUCUUCUAAUAAAUCUUGUGGUAAUCAGGUUGAUACUAAAUUAUCAACUUGUCAAUCGAAUAGUGUUACCAAUUGUUCUGUUGGUGAGAUUGGAAAAGGUAAAGAGAACAAAUUGUCCAAUGAGAAAAAGACACCGGCUGAUAAAAUGGUUACUUGCACCAAGGAGGGUAAAGAUGGAAAGCCUGGAAAAAAAUCGAAAAAAGGUAAAAAUUCUGGCUCGGAACAAGGUAAAGAAAGUGGCCAGUCAAAGGGUGAUGGUCAAUCUUUGCCAAAGAAAAGUCAAGAUGAUUCCCAAGAAAGUAAUCAAGGAGAUGGAAAAGAUGAUAAAAAAGAUGGUGGUAAUUUAAUUCCACCGGUGGCUGAUGUUCCCUAUCUGGGUAAUAUAAUUGGAAAUGUAAUUGUUCAUGAUAUUGCCAUUCAAGCAGAUUUUGAUUAUAAACCAUUAAGGGUUCUUAAAGUGAUUAAUCAUCUACGAAAAAAUUUUGGUCUCAAAAUAGCGGUCAAGGUACAUGUUAGUUCAACCGUUCUGGUGGAAUCGGAAACCAAUGUCGAUGAAUGGAAGAUGUUUGAAACUUUUGAAUCUACAAUUUUGCCACGACAAGACAAUCAACUGUUUGUCACUCUGAUUGUUAAACGAUUUACCACCAAAGAGGCUUGGCUAAACAAACAACCUUUCAUGGUGUUGGAUCCUCAUCUUGGAACAGCCAUUUAUGGAGAGGUCAAUAUCGCUCGGCAUGUUACCCGUUUAGCAUCAAAAUUCUGUCCAUUGUGCUACGAAAUCUAUCCCGAAGAUGAUUCUUCCCAAGUAGAAUCGGUCAAAGAUAUCGAUGAAACUCUGAACGAAAUUCAAAAGUUUCUAUUUAUCCGAAAUCUCGGUGAUAAACAAGCUCGACCUUCAAUACCCGAAAUUAAGGACAAAAGGCUAAAAGAUGGCGUCGAUUUGAAAUUAACUCUUGAUUAUAUCUUAUUACUUUCACUCAAAUUAUAAAUUUGGUCCACUUCAAUUUGGAAAGACCAAAAUUUAUCCCCAGUAAAAAGAAAUGCGUCAAAAAAAUAUAUUAUUAUUUAAUUCUCAAUGAAUAAAAUAAGUCAUUCGAUUUAAAGUGAGCUUUUAAUUCAAAGAGAAUCUCAA